GUAUUACAAACUGCAAGGAUUAAUACAGGUCGAUAGACCUCCUAUCCUUAUUACUGAAGAUUGAAGACUAAAAUCUUUGUUUGUUUAUACUGCUGUGUUUUGGCACUCAUUUACUAUUUGGAUAAAUUCUCGCUUGGGUUUUGAAUUCUCGUUAUCUAUUAUGUUCUUGUGGACACUUUUUUAAUAAUGCGAAUAUUAGGUAUUAGUACUUCCUUUAUUCUACUAUUGAAAACCAAGGCAGUAAUUUCAAUUGCAUGUAGACAUUUUCGUUCAACCUCAUGUGCGUUCAAUUCGGAUGUGGUUUUGAUUUCACAGCACAAGUCUUGUGGUAUCAUCACCCUCAACCGCCCAAAAGUCCACAACUCCCUGAAUCUUGAAAUGUUAGAAAUUAUUCAUUCCAAAUUAAAAGACUGGAACCACGAUCCAUCGGUCUCACUUGUUGUUAUAGAAGGUUCUGGUGAGAAGGCAUUCUGCGCUGGUGGUGAUGUUCGUUUUAUUGCAUCUGCUGUUCAAAAAGGAAGUCUUGCUGCUCAAGAAUUCUUUCGUAAAGAGUAUCAAUUAAAUCAUCUUAUUGGGAUAAUGACCAAACCAUAUAUUGCUAUUUUGAAUGGAAUCACAAUGGGUGGUGGUGCAGGAAUAUCAGUACAUGGAAGAUACCGUAUAGCUACGGAAAAAACAGUUUUUGCUAUGCCUGAAACAAUGAUUGGUUUUUUUCCUGAUGUUGGUGGUGGCUAUUUCCUACCACGACUUCCUCAUCCAGGACUUGGUUUAUUUUUAGCAUUAACUGGAUAUAAGUUAUCUAGCAUGAAUACUGUAUGGGCUGGUAUUGCUACACAUUUUAUUCAUUCUAAAGAUUUAUCAAACUUCAAGAAUGCACUAAUGAAUCUUGAAUUAAAGUCCACAUGUAGUCCAGAUGAUAAACCAGAAUUUUAUGACGCUAUUGACAAAGUAAUAAAUCAAUUUACUAGUGAUGUACAUAGUUAUUACCACUCUUCAAUAUCAAAUGAUCUCUUAUAUAGUCUAGACGACUUAUCAAAAAUAUUUUGCUUUUAUAAGAAUAAUGUGGAUGGCGGUGAUCAUGAGAUUCCAGUCACUAUAGAAGAUAUUCUUAUAAAAUUAUCUGAAUGUUAUCAGAAUAUAGAAAAUCAUGAGAAGGUCAUUCAUUGGGCUAAACAAACUUAUGAUAAAUUAUUGAGUUGUUCACCUACUUCAUUAAAAGUUACUUUACGUCAAUUACAGAUUGGUUCUAAAUUAUCGUUUAGUGAUGAAUUUAAAAUGGAAUAUCGCCUAUCACAAAAAAUGACUAAAAAUCCCGAUUUCUAUGAAGGUGUUCGUGCUUGUCUUAUUGAUAAAGAUAAUACACCAAAAUGGAAUCCAAAUAAUCUUACCUCAGUAGAUAUGAAUCAAAUUCAAUCAUAUUUCAAUGAACUAUCGGAAAAUGAUGAAUGGAGACCUGAAUAGUUUCUUUUAAUCUAUUUUGCAUUGUUGUUAUAACAGUUAUCAUUUUUUUAAAAACAAAAAUAUAUGUGUUCACAACUUUUACAUAUUUUGUAUUGAUUAUAUUUGUUAGAACAGUUCUACUGACCAAACUUCCUAAUAGGUCAUCCUACUGUAAAUCAAACAUACCCGUCGUUGUUUCAAAGUAAAAAACGUAAUCCAGUAGAUUAGUACACAGUUAAAAUCGCUUAUUUCUUAAUUAAACAUUUUAAACUGUUAUAACAAUUAAUAUUCCGUAAUUUAAUAUCCUUAAAAGUUAUUUAUAUGAAACUUCAUUAACUUUACAAAUAAGAUAAAUUGACUUUCUGUUUAAGGAAUAUAUUCAAUGAAUACCAGAUAUAAAUUCUAGAUUUAACUCUUCUUGUUAUUUACAUUUUACAUUCCUUCUGCACCACUCUCUCCCUCUCUCUCUCUCUCUCUUGAGAUCAGAAUAAACGUGCACCUCAAGCUACUUUGUCAUUAAAUAAUAACAUUCAAAUAGUUUCCAAUUGAAAAUUUGUUAUGAAAUUGAUUUUGUUAUAUUUUAAGGAGUAUUUAAAUCUGUAUUAAUCAAAGGACAAAAUAGAAAAAAAAAAUCACAAAGACAGUUUCUGUUUUUUUUUUGUAGAUAGUUUUGGAUCUGCCUGAAAACUAUUCAAGUUAUCUACUCUUAUGAGAGUUGCAUUUGAAAGACGUAUUUUGCAAUAUUUCGCAGGUAUUUUCAUAAAUAAAAUGAGUGAAGAGACAUUCUGGCUCAUGAUAAUUAAUUAUGUCCCUGAAGAUGAAGAGAGUAAUAACUCUCUCUGAUGUAAUAUUUCUCAGUUUAUCUUGUAGAUGGUGUUUGGAUUUUCCACUUUUUGUUAUUCUUCAUGUGGUUUGCACGCAAUUAAUGGAAGUGAUUUUGCAUUACCUCAAAGAACGUAACUAUUAAAAGUAAUCUGUUGUACGUCUUGUACGUCCGAUUAAAACUACUUAUAUACAGAAAGAUUCUUACUUACAA